AUUAAAUGGAGGAUAUUGCAGCAACUAUGAACCAAGCUGAGCAUCGAUUUUGAACAGGAAUGGAUUUCUUCUUUACAAAGGGGGCUGCUGAACUACCUAGUAAAAGCCUCCAUAACACUUAGCAGUGAAGAGUCUGUUUUCUGUAUGAAUUCUUUAUUCUGUUAUGAGAUGUGUGGGCAGAACUGGGGGGCAAUGGGAGAAAAGUGCAGGGCUGAGGCUGGAUGAGGGGAAAGUUGUUGUACCACCUGAGAGGAAGUAAAUUGUAUGUAUGUGAGCAAAUUAUGCUGAAAAGAAGUUGUGUUUUCUCAAAAUAAUCUGUUUUUCUAGCUAUAUUAUUGCUUUGGUCGUAGAUCAUAGGCCUGUAACUGCACACUGAUCUCUAACUCGUAUUUAUUCCCCAUACUUUGUGCUUUGGUGUACAGGCACUUCGUAGAGGUGCCCCAGCUUGAAGAGUUGGUAGAAAGGGUUUGGAGAAUGUCUCCAUGAUAGUGCUUUGUAGACAUUUUCUUGCUUGCAUGCAGGUGCUGAAGAUGACUCCACAUGAGCCCCAUAUUGUUGAUUUUGUGAUUUCUUCCUCUGCUGUUUGCUCCACAGCUAUCACCAGAUCCCUUGUAGAAUCACUGGUUAAUUUUUCCAUACCCCAUCGUCUCUAUGAAGUCAGCUAUGCUAGUGGUAAAAACAUCUUUGCUCUGUGUAACGAGGUGUAUUUAAUCUUUCCCAAGCAGAUGCUGAUCUAUAGACAAGGAUUCAUGGUCACAAAACCCCAGCACUGUCACCUCCACCAUUUUGCAGUCAUUUCCUGGACUGUUUUAUUAGUGCCCUUCUGAUGCUCUCACCAGCAAGAUUGAAUAGAAGACAACCUAAGCCCCAUGCUAUUGACUACUGCUCCCAGCAGAACUCUGUAGUUAGUGCUGAUACUAUGAAUUAGAUGUAUGCUUCACAUGGAAGAAUGGAGGGAUUAGUAGUUACAGGAUUAACAGCGGUCAGCUUUAGCAAUCCCUCCACAAUAUCCUAGAUUUAGGCUCCUAGCAGGAAGCAAACCUCUCUAGUUGAUACCUUGAGUUGAUAGAUGUGUUUCUGUGUCUUGUACGGCAGGGAGUCACCCUUUAUAUGACCUUUUUCCAGGUAGUCUUCCAGCUGGCAUUGUUAAGGAGUACUACAUUCACUGCAAGUAGGCUCAUGUAUCUUCUCUUCAGCUGUGAGGGCAGUGAACCUCUUCAAUUUUGUAAGCCUUUAGGAGAGGCAGGAGCUUUCCUUUUAGUCACCAGCUUCUGUCCUUUCCCUCUGAUGUUACAUAACCUGCUCAUUUCCUCCUGUAACUCCUUCACUUGGUGGCAUAGCUUCUUCAAGGCAACCUACAGCUAUCCUGCAGGACAGGUGAUUGUCUGUCCUGGUGUUAGACAGAGGCUUACAUAUUGCCUGAAGUCUGGGACUUGAAGGACCACAUCUACCAUCUGAAGCUUGGUUUGUGAUUAGUUGAUUUUUUGCUACUCAUGGGUAGGAGAGUAAAGCAGGCUAGAAAAAGUUCAUAUAGUUCCUCCUGUCAGCAGAACGGUGGAGAGAACAGCCUCUGGCUGAUGAGCAGUGACAGAUCACUGGGAUCAGUAGCCAGACAUCAGGGGCAGUCUGCACAUGGCCUUGCACCUCCUAAAAGUGGCUUAUGUGCAAAUCCCUACAUUUGAUUGAAAUUGAUGGAAUAUAGUGCCUUUUGGGCAUAAGUCAAUUUUAGAUGUGAAAGUCAAUGUUAGAUAUGAGAAAUAUUUAAAUAUCUAGAUAUUUUGCCUUUGUAAUGUUUCUCUGCUAAAUAAUUAUUAAAAGGAUUGUUGUUCUAGGAAUUAACUAAGCUGUUUACAUUAGUGAAAUGACCCAUGCAGUUAAGUAGAAAGAAAGCGUUCUAAACUGUAUCAAAGUAGUAAUAUAUUUGGAAUUUAUUUCUUUUUUUACUGAAUUGCAGUAGUUCAUAUUGUUGUUUAAAUCAAGUUAGCUUCUGAUGCUCAUUAACCUGCAGCUUUUAUAAGUACACAACUUUGAUCUGAUUCUCUUUUGAAACCUGCAGAAAUCAGUGUUUUAUUUCCAACUUGAAUGUUAAUAUAGAUAAUGCUGCUGUUGAAAGGUUUUAAUAUUUCCAAUCCAAAACUUAAAUUGCUUAAAUAUACAAUAAAUUGUUUGCUUUGUAUACGAAGUAUGAUCCAUCACAUCCCAUAGAUACUUCUGUCUUUUUCCUGUUAAGGCAUUUCUUAGGAUACUGUUUCAUAACUGUGUUAAUCAUUGAACACCUAACCCACUGUGGUAUUUUUGCAGGCUGUGGUUUAUGCAGCAUAGAAGUAAACUUUGGUCAUCCAUGAAUAAUCCUGUUUUAUUAGACAUUUAAGCUAGUUUUGUUAUCUUGAACAAAUGCAACAUACAUUCUUAGUGAUCUACAAUCUUUUAUAAAUGCUUCUUUUAUUUAUCUUCCCCAUUUUUAUAAACAGGCAUUUUAAAAAUAAUCUUGCACAUUUCCCCAUAGUUUUAGUAUGAGAUUUACAGUUGCAUUUCAAAGGCUUUGAAUGAUGUUUUCAGUACCUAAGUACAUAAAAUACAUAAAAAUGUCAGAAAGAGAAAGCUGUGUUAAGUAUCUGUUUAUCUGGUCUUAGAUGAUGUACUUGUUCAUGACAGAAAGAAGACUUUAGAGACCUAUGCUUCCAAUGUGAACUUUUAAAUUUAUUGCUCUCUUUAAUUCUGUGUGCCACUCUGCUGUUGCUCUUAGCUUUGCCAAUCUGCAAAACAUUAAAGAAUUGACUAACUGCAUUUGCUGCUUCUGUUGUCAUCUACUCCAACAGGCAACAGCCAAAUGCAGGGAAAACUUGUGGAAAACUCAUUUUCUGGCAGGUGGAAGACUCUGGGAUGAGAAAAAAUAAAUUGGGGUAGAUGAUGCCUCAUGCAUACUGUGACUCACUAAAAAAGGGGUUGAUAGGAUCAGAAAAAUAAGAAGCAAGCAACAUCUCAAGACUUCAUUGUCAUCAUUCAUUCACUGAACAGUCAUUUAUGUUGGGCCUUUCCAUUACAGGUGUGGGUAAGAGCAUAAAUGUUUCGAAGGAAUGUAGAAGAGUAGAUUUGACUAAGUUGUUUUGAAAGAAGUUGAAAGGAAAUAAAAAUGGAUUAGGACACCAAAAAGGAAAAUAAAAGGACAACAGGAAGUUAAACUUAACAUGAUAUAGAAGAAGUUAGAGAUUGAACAAAAUCACGAGAAUUUGGGACUUAAGGGGAAAGAAAAAACAUAGAUUACUUCUUGGCUUGCAUAAGGAAUGGAAAGUGACGUGUCUGACAGUGUGGACAAAGCCGAUAUAAUAUAUGUUUUGUUGGUUUUUUUUUCUUUUUUUUUUUGUAAGUGGUGUGAUUUUUAGCCUAAUAGAGCAAUUAUUUUUCACGCUUGCUAGUAAUAAUGCAGAGGAUAUUGAUGUUGAAUACACCUUUUUAGUCUGGAUUUAUAUUUUAUCAUUUCAGUAUUCCAUCUUGUUUCAAUUCUUACCUUUUCCUUCAGCUACACUAAGAGAGCACAGUAGGAAUUCCUCCUCAUCUACCAGUGACUUGCCUGGAUGUAGACUGUCUCAGUCUUUGCUUGGACUCCAGACAGAUUCUGGGUCUGGAAGCCCAUCCUCACCAGACUUCGUAAUUAGCACUUCGUGCAAAUCUGGUGUAGAAGUACCAUCAGGGAAUAUCAGUACUUUAUCCUCUGUUUCAUGGUCUCAGAGUCAGUGGAUUUCCUUCGCUGAUGAACUUUUUACAAUUAGAGAAACAAGCACAGACAAGAAGGAGCAACAAAGAUUACAUUUUAAAACUGAAAAUGCCUGCCUUGCCUCUUCUGCUUUGCUUGAGAAUUCUUCCAACUGCUGUGCUUCUGAGGAUCAAAGUGACCUUUCAAAUAAUACUAUAUGCCGUGAACUAUUAUUCAUUGAAGAAAUUAGCACUGCUGCCGAAAUUUCUUCCACAUCAUCUUCAGCACAUCUGGACUAUAGUUUAGUGUCUCCUUGUGUUCAUUCAAACAAGGGUAUGGCAAGCAUGCAUUGUGUACUGCUCUUUGCUAAUAACUGACUCCAAAAAGCAAGCUUUGGACUGAUUUUUCAUUUCUUUAUUCUAGCUUACCUUAAAAUUAACUUCUUAACAUAGAAUGUACUAAAUUGCUUGUUAGCAUCAAUUUCAUUGAAACUUACGACACUGAAAUAAGUAUUCAGCUUGACAUAAGAGGAAAAAUCAAUUUAUUUAACUGUAAAGCCACUGCUUUUUCUUAACUAUAUGCAGCUUAACUUUUCUGGAAAUACACAUGUACUUUCCUGGAAUGUCAGAGAGCAAUGAAGUCUCAAAGAUUAAAUGCUUGAUUUCACAUAAACAGUUCCGUUCUUAAACAGAUGUAUUCUGAACCUGCCUUCUGCAGAUCAGAUUAAAUAAAGUAAAUUUGACUGAGAACAGUUCCUCCUUAAAACCCAAUAUUUUGAAGAGUGGAUCAUAUUAGGAUAAUGCUACAUACUGAAAGAGCAAAGCAGCAAGCAUUGGGCAUGAUUCGCUGAAUAUCUGUGAUACUGAAGCAGAUUAUUGAUGUUUAGCAUGUACAGUGUAGCCUGGGCAUAUGGUGGUUAUAGUCAGUAUUAGCCAAAUUUCUUCCCAAGUCAGCAAUGGAAUUUCAUUACCUCAGUGAGGGCAGAGUUAUGUUGGAUGCCUGAGAAAAUAAAAACUGCAUAACAUUAAUAAAAUUAAUCUUAGUAUUUCCUUAAUUAAUCAAAAAAAGAACUAUCUGGAGUAAUUUCACAGGAUCAUAGAAUGAAAGGGACAAUGAAAACCAUCCAGUUUCAACCCCCUGCCUUAGGCAUGUUUGCUACCCACCAGUUCAGGCUGCUCAGGGCCCCAUCCAGCUUGUCUUUGAACUCCUCCAGGGAUGGG